AUGGAAUCUUCGGACAGUGAUGCAUCAUCACGGCCGGUGCGCGAUGUAUCGUGCUGCGCCCAGUCGAGGUGGGUGCAACAAGCUGUUCGAGUAUGGUUCUGCUAUUGCUACCCUUUGUGCUUCCUCGCUGCCAGUCUGCUGCGGCCAGCGACUUCUGUGUCGGCGAUAUACUCACUUAUUGCAUUUCUGGUGCUUUUUCUUCCCGCGUGUCGUGUGCGGGCUUGUGAGGCUUCAAGCUGGCGGCGCCUUCAUUUGGUUUUGGGAAUCCUCGCGCUUAGCCUGUUGAUCGUGGCCGGUGUCAUGCUCGCCCUUUGUAGGCAUAGCAGCCUUGAAGAAGAGGCGCUUGUCGCAGGGAAGCUGAUGUUCUUCGGCAUCGAAGGUUGCAUGGAGAGCCGGUGGAUAAUGCUCCCAGAGGUCAUGGCAACAGUCACGGCUUGCCUGGGCUGUUUGCUGGGUCGCUGUGCUCGCAGGACGCAGGCUAGCCAAUGCCGCCUUUCAGCAUGGUCAAACCCCCUGAAAUCGCCAUGGAGGCUCGCAUGUGUGACACUGAUUCUCUUUUGCUCUGCCAGCCUUCACUUCAACAUGUUCGCUGUCGCAUACCACUUUGCGACUGUUUGUAUACUGAUAUUGUGGGCCGUGGUGAGCCCGUUCGCAGCCCACGGCGGGCAGCGGCAGGACAAUUAUCCGUGCGCUUCCGGGUUGCUGAGAAUGAUCCUUUUUGUCGCGAGCGCCGCGCACGUCAUUGUGGCAGCCCUACUGACCGUCAGCGUGCCGGUUCUGCCGUUUGAAGUCCCCGAGCGGGUGUCCAGACUUCUUGGCCUGGAGGUGACACCAUUGAUGGCACUACAGCAGAUGGCGAGCUUCCUCCUUCUGGAAUUGAUUCUGUGGCCUUCCUUUCCGGCGCAUGAGGCGACGAAGAAAUCGCUCCAGGUUCCUCGAGGAGUUUCCGAGGAGUUGCGGCGAAUGGAGGCCAACGAGAUGCAGUCUUGA